AAGAUACUUUUCAUAUAUUUUAAUUUAAUGUGAAUUAUAUUGUUUUAAUCAAAUAAUUAAUCUACAGUAGACAAAAAAAACACGAGAGUUGAAUGUAUGUUAUGUGUGGUUCAAGUCCCUACACUAUCGUUUCUUCCAAGGAGUAGCUUCCUCCACCAAACACUAAACCAAACCAUAAAAAUAUUUAAUUAUUAAUAUAAAAAAACAAACACAUAAAACAAAAGAAAAAAAAAACAACAACCUAAGCAUUACCGAAACUUAACUGAGAAGCAAUGGAAUCCAUGGACUCAUCAUCAAAGCGUGUCUCACUUUCUGCAACACAAGGGACCCCAUUAGUACUACCAACUCAACCUUUUGAACCACGUAAGCUUGCUCUUUCCAGCUCACUUUUGUCACCUAUUUCACUCCCUAUUAGAGCCCCUAUUACUGUUGAUGAUGAUUCUGAUUUUGAGUCCAACAAUGAUAAAUUUGAGGAUACCAGUUAUGGUAGUAGUGUUAGUGGUAAUGACAGUGGAAAUGAGUAUGAGGUUUUUGUGGGUGGGGGGGAAGAGUUUGAAACUGCGUCAGAGUCAGUGAGGGGAUUAGUGGCUAACCCAGAUCAGAAUUCUGUUGGAAAAAGUGAUAUUUAUGGUAAAGGUGAUAUUUUUAGGCCUGUUGUUGCAUACCCAGAUGGAGAAAAGUUAAUUAGGCCAAUUGCUCAGUUGUCAUGGGAGGAUGAUGAUGAUGGUAGUGAUGUGGUGUUUAGUGAGGUGGAAGAUGAAUUUUCUUUGGGUAGUAUUGAUGUUAACAAUCUUGGGGUUGGAGAAAAGAUUAGUGUUGCUCCUAGAAUUAAGAUUUUUGAGGUGGAAGAAGGAAAGGGAGAUGAAUCCAUGGUGCACACCAAGUCUUUGAUUGUAAACCUGAAAGAGAAUUUUGAUUCUGAUAUUUUUGUUGAAGCUGAUAAUAGUUUUUCGAUUGAUAAAGAAGAGAAGUUGAAUGGUGUAGAGGGUUUUGUUCAAGAUGUAUUAGUUAAGGACACUUCUGGUGAGGGUGCUGCUCUUCAUGAAGAGCCUUUGGAGCCUAAUAAAAGAGAUGUUUUGGAGCUAAAUUCGGAAUUGAUUUCUCAUGUUAAGCAUUUUUGUGCUGAGGAACAUAAGUUUAAUGAGUUUGAUACUGCAAGAAAUACACAGAUUGAAGAUUCUGGUGAUUCGGAGUCAUUUAAGGAAGAAAAUGAUGCUAUUCAAGGUUGUUGUGAUGAUACUGAUAGACUUAUGGAAAACCAUUUGGUAGAGAAAGAAGAAGCGGAACUGCUGGUGUUGGAUGGUGAUAAUGGGGGAGCAGAGAAUAAUUUGAAGUAUGCAGUGGAAGAACUCUUGGUUUGUGAAAAUGGCAACCAAAACAGUGGUGAAGGUGCAAGACUUUAUGAUGGAACUAUUGAAGAGAUUCCAGAGAGUAAAAUGGAUGAAGAAAUUGAUUUUGACAAAGCUAAGGAAAAUUCCUUGGCUGCCAUGCUGGAAUCUACUGAUAAUUGUUGCGAGGCGAAUCAGAAAGAGUUUGAUUUCGAUGAACUCUUCGUGACUGAUGAAGCAGAAGAGAUUGUAGAUUCUGGUGAGUGUCCUUUAUCAGAAAUAGUUGAUGAUUAUAAAAUAGAAGACUGUAAUGAAGACAUGGAUGAAGUAGAAAAACAUGGUCAUGUAUUUGAUGAUGAUGCUAAAGAUUUGGCAAAUGGGAGCUCUGAAAGAGCCGAAAAGAUCAUUGUUGAAGUGGAAGAAAGGGUUGCAGACUGUCGUGAAGACAUGGAUGAAGUAAAAGUACAUAGCCAUGUUUCUGAUGAUGAUGCUGAAGAUUUGGCACAUGGGAGCUCUGAAAGAACCGAGAAGAUCAUUGUUGAAGUGGAAGAAAGGGUUGUAGACUGUAAUGAAGACAUGGAUGAAGUAAAACUGCAUAAUCAUGUUUCUGAUGACGAUGCUGAAGAUUCGGCACAUGGGAGCUCUGAAAGAGCCGAAAAGAUCAUUGUUGAAGUGGAAGAAAGGGUUGCAGACUGUAAUGAAGACAUGGAUAAAGUAAAACUGCAUAGUCAUGUUUCUAAUGACGAUGCUGAAGAUUUGGCACAUGGGAGCUCUGAAAGAACCGAAAAGAUCAUUGUUGAAGUGGAAGAAAGGGUUGUAGACUGUAAUGAAGACACUGAUGAAGUAAAAGUACAUAGCCAUGUUUUUGAUGAUGAUGCUGAAGAUUUGGCGCAUGGGAGCCCUGAAAGAACCGAAAAGGUCAUUGUUGAAGAAGAAAGGGUUGCUGCUGCAUCUCAUUUGGGAACAGUUUGUUCUCAAGAGUCAAUAGAAGGAAACAAGUCUGCCUCAUCAAUGGAUAUUUUGAACACGACUACUGUCCUCAGUCCCACUACUUUUGAUUCAUCACUGCAUUCUGGAGAGGCUGCUUCUCAACAGACUCACAUCGAUACUCUUACUUCUUUACACCUUAGUGGGGAUGAAGUUGAGGUCAGCCUAAGCAUUGAGGAUAAAAAGAAGAUUGAGAAGAUGCAAGUCCUAAGAGUGAAGUUUUUGAGGCUUGUUCACAGACUUGGUAUAUCUCUUGAAGAUUCAAAAGUUUCCCAAGUGUUAGAAAAGUUAUUCCUUGAUGUUGAGAAACACACAAAUCAUUUUGAUGCCCUUGAAUCAACAAAGAAAGUGGCCUUGGAUUUUGAAGCAGAUAACCAAAGUAACUUGGAUUUCUGUUUGAACAUUUUGGUUCUUGGAAAAUCUGGAGUGGGAAAAAGUGCAACCAUUAACUUCAUUUUCGGUGAGAAGAAAGCCAUGAUCAAUGCCUUCAAACCUGCCACCACUUCUUUGAAAGAGAUUGUUGGGACAGUUGAUGGAAUCAAGAUUAGAAUCCUUGACACACCGGGUCUGAAAGUACCUGCAGUUGACCAGGCUGCCAACCAGAAAAUGCUGUCAACUAUCAAUAAAUACAUAAAGAAAUUUCCUCCAGAUGUUGUCUUUUAUGUUGAUCGUUUGGAUACCCAAAACAGAGAUGAUGAUUUACCUUUGUUGAGAUCAAUCACUAGGUCUCUUGGUUCAUCGAUAUGGAAAAAUGCAGUUGUCACUUUGACUCAUGCUGCUUCUGUUCCUCCAGAUGGUUCAACAGGCUUACCCCUUAACCGUGACAUCUUUGUUGCACAAAAAUACCAUGGUGUUCUACAGUCUAUCAGCAUGGCUGUUGAUAAUUUGUAUCUUAUGAAUUCAAGUAUUAUGCAUCCACUUGCUCUUGUUGAGAACAAUUCAUUGCAGUCUGAUAGUUCUAACUCGAGAUCCCAAUUGUUGCUCUUGUGCCAUUCAUUGAAGGUGUUGUCAGAAGCUAGCUCCAUUGCAAAGCGUGAAAAGCCUUCAGAUCGGAGGAAAUUUAUGGGGUUCCCCAUCCAUUCGUCUCUAAUGCACUAUCUACUGUCAUCUCUAUUGCAGUCUCAUGCUCAUCCAAACAAUGCUGAGUCUGAUACUGAGUUUGCAGACUUGUGGGAUCUUGAAAGUGAAGAAGAGGAUGAAUAUGACCAACUACCUUCAUUCAGGCCUCUGAGUAAAUCUCAGAUUGCUAUGCUCAGCAAAGAACAGAGAAAAAAUUAUUUCGAGGAGUAUGAUUAUCGUGUGAAGCUCCUUCAAAGGAAGCAAUGGAAAGAAGAGAUUAAAAGGCUGAGAGAAAUUAAGACCAAAGGAAAAGAGGAUGGUGCACAUAUUUAUCAUGAUUUCAAGGAGGAUGAGGAGAAGGAAGAUUCGAAUUCGACUUCUGAAUCAGUGCCUUUACCUGACAUCACACUCCCGUUGUCUUUUGAUGGAGAAGAGUCUGCCUAUAGAUACCGUUCCCUAGACCUCUCAUCGGAGCUUCUUGUGAGGCCAGUCAUGGAAACUUAUUGUUGGGACCAUGAUUGUGGGUACAAUGGUGUCAACCUCGAAAAGGAAUUUGUUGUUUCUGAUCGAUUUCCAACUGCAUUUUCUUUCCAAAUCACAAAGGACAAGGAAAAGCUGAAUCUUCACUUGGAUUCUUCAUUAUCUAUGAAGCAUGGAGAGAAUUGCUCAACCUUAGCUGGACUUGACAUCCACACUCUUGGAGAUCAACUUGCCUACAUUGUCAGAGGCGAAACCAAAGUGAGAAGCUUCAGAAUAAACAAGACAACUGCUGGAGUAACUGUCAAUUUCAUAGGCAAAAAUCUUGCAACUGGGUUGAAAGUAGAGGAUCAGAUUGCAAUUGGGAAGUUCUUAGUUUUGGCAACGAGUGCUGGAGCUUUGCGUUCUCAAGGCAACACUGCAUACGGUGCCAACUUGGAGCUGCGUCUCAAAGAGAAGGAUUUCCCCAUAGGACAAGAUCAGUCCAAUCUGGGGUUGUCUUUAAUGAAAUCAAAAGGAGAUUUGGCUCUAACAGCUUUCCUGCAGUCUCAAUUCUCAAUCGGACAAAGCUCUAAAACGGCUAUCCAUAUCGGCUUGAACCAUAGGCGAAAUGGGAAGAUCACUAUCAAAACAAGCAGUUCUGAUCAGCUCCAAAUAGCAUUGGCUGGUAUUCUUCCAAUCAUGCUCUCAAUCUUUAAAAGUAUAUACUCUACACAUGGAACACAAAACUUGUAAAUCUUAUACUUUGAUAUGAUGAUAUUGAGUAAAAACAAGUAUCAUAAUUUUUGUUGAUCUUUUUGUUGAUGCUUCAGGGCUAUUGAAUCUGUUAUACUUCUUCAUUUAUAUUGGUAGAUAUUCCAGUUGUAAUGUAUCUGAACUGGUUGAACUAAUCUUUAAUGAAGUCUUCUGGGCAGUUGGUUUAA